AUGGAUCUCAACUAUCGAUCAACCGAGACUUCCGUCGUGCCCUCACCUCUACCCCAAUCUGUUGGAUAUGGCGUCGUGGUUGCAGCUGGCUUGGCCUUUGCCUUUGGUAUGAUGGGCUUGACGGCCAUCUUGAAGAAGACAUUGAACGAAGACAAUUCUAAAGUGGAAACCUUCAUGGUUGCCAACAGAACAGUACGAACCGGCCUUGUCGCAUCGGCUGUUGUCUCGUCAUGGCUAUGGAGCACGGCGCUGCUAAGCUGCGUCCUCGUAACUUACAGCUACGGCAUCAGCGGCGCCUUCUGGUAUGGUGCUGGGUGCUCAACUGUCAUUGUCUUCUUCGGGUACCUGGGAACAGUUUGCAAGGGGCGCGUUCCUGAGGCUCAUACCAUUCUCGAGGUUAUUCGUAUCAGAUACGGAACUGUCGCGCACCUGAGCUUCACAUUCUUGGCUAUUGUGAACAACCUGCUCAAUACGAUCAACAUGAUCCUAGGCGCAUCGGCAGCCAUCUCGUUCCUAACCGGCAUGCACAUCAUGGCAUCGACCUUCUUGCUGCCUCUUGGAGUCGUCCUCUAUACACUCGUUGGUGGCAUCAAGGCAACGUUCCUCACUGACUACAUCCAUACCUUCGCCAUCCUCAUUUUGAGCUGUUGGUUGACAGCUAAGGUGAUCACAUCGGAAUCUGUCGGCUCAAUCGGACGCCUUUAUGAUCUGGUCGUUGACGCCCAGUCAAAUCACGUUGUUGAAGGCAACUAUGAGGGUUCUCUACUCACCAUGACCUCUCAACAGGGCAUCUACUUUGCUAUCAUCCUUCUGACCUCGAACUUCGGGGCUGUUGUUAUGGAUACGGGGUACUUUCUUAAGGCUUUCGCUGCGUCGCCGAGUGCUGUUGUCCCAGGUUAUGUCUUGGGCGGUAUCUCUUAUUUCAGCAUACCCUGGUCGCUUGGUACUAUUGUUGGGAUGGCUUCACUGGGACUCGAAGCUCUUCCUAUCUUCCCUACGUAUCCAAGACCAAUGACUGGUGCCGAGGUUACAAAUGGUCUUGCUCUGCCCUAUGUUGCUGUUGCUGUCGCUGGCAAGGGAGGCGCCGUGGCAGUCCUACUAAUGACGUUCAUGGCCGUUACGUCAACUCUAUCUGCACAGAUCCUCGCCGUUUCCUCGAUCCUUACGUUCGAUAUAUACCGCGUAUACUUCAACAGAGAAGCUUCCAAUAAGCAGGUGAUCCGAUGGGGGCACAUUGGAGUUGUUCUGUUUGGCGUUGUAGCAGCCGCCUUCACAGCCAUGUUUCAUUACAUUGGAGUGGAUAUGGGCUGGACACUCUAUAUGCUCGGAAUUCUAACGUGUCCCGGCGUUAUACCACUAAUCUUCACAAUCAUUUGGCGCAAACAGACUAAGCUUGCUGCUAUUAGCUCCGCAUUCCUAGGAAUGGCAACGGGCCUCGGGGUAUGGCUUGGCUCCGCAUAUGCCUUUUCCGGAGAAGUAACGGUCGCGUCUACGGGAGGGACCCUACCCUGUAUGUACGGCACCGUUGCAUCUUUAUUCAGUCCAUUGCUGUACAGUGUGGUGAUUACUUAUCUAAAACCUGAUAACUAUGACUGGAGCCAAUUCAAGGAACAGAGGCUGGCAGUUGAACCUGAUGAUAACUCCAGUGGAUCCGAGAGUUCUCAAAGUAAAGGGACAGAGCAAGUUACAACAGCUGAAACGGCGUCAAAUCAGACUCUUGAUGACAAUAAUCAACGCCGAUGGACUAAAUAUGCUCUAUGGUGGGCUGUUGCUACAUUUCUUGGUCACUGGGUAUUAUGGCCACUGCCAAUGUAUGCAGCGAAGUUUAUCUUCAGCAAAGAGUUAUUCACUGCAUGGAUUGUUGUGUCUCUGAUCUGGCUCUGGUGGACCCUCAUAAUGGUCGGUUUCUACCCGAUCUGGAACGGCCGUCGCCAGAUAGCCGCGGUUACACGAAGCAUUUGGAGGUCCCAGAAGUCCUAG